UCUGUCAGGUUUUCUGCGAACCGACCAGGCCAGCACCUUCGGGCCCUGUUUCCCGAGGCAGUCGCCACCAAGAUGUGGAAUAGUGGUGGAUUUGAUAACUAUGGCAGCGCCGCGUACGGGGGAGCCGGCGGCUACACACAGUCCCCGGGGGGCUUUGGAUCGCCGACCUCUACUCAGUCCGAAAGGAAAUCAAGAGCCCGAGCCCAACACAUUGUGCCCUGUACUAUAUCUCAGUUGCUUUCUGCCACCCUCGUUGAUGAAGUGUUCAAAAUUGGGAAUGUUGAGAUUUCACAGGUCAUUAUUGUGGGGAUAAUUAGACAUACAGAGAAGGCUCCAACCAACAUUGUUUACAAAAUAGAUGACAUGACAGCUGCACCCAUGGAUGUUCGCCAGUGGGUUGACACAGAUGACACUGGUAGUGAAAACACUGUGGUUCCUCCAGAAACGUAUGUGAAAGUGGCGGGCCACCUGAGAUCUUUUCAGAACAAAAAGAGCCUGGUGGCCUUUAAGAUCAUGCCCCUGGAGGAUAUGAAUGAGUUUACGGCACAUAUUCUGGAAGUGGUCAAUGCACACAUGACGCUGAGCAAAGCUAACAGCCAGCCCCCACCAGGGAGAGUACCCAUCAGCAAUCCAGGAAUGAGUGAAGCAGGGAGCUUUGGUGGGACUAGCUUCAUGCCAGCAAAUGGCCUCACUGCGGCUCAAAACCAGGUGCUGAAUUUGAUUAAGGCUUGUCCAAGACCUGAGGGAUUGAACUUUUAUGAUCUCAAGAACCAACUGAAACAUAUGCCUGUAGCCUCAAUUAAGCAAGCUGUGGAUUUUCUGAGCAAUGAGGGGCACAUCUAUUCUACUGUGGAUGAUGAUCACUUUAAAUCCACAGACGCAGAAUAACCGGAUCUAAAUUGGGGACCUAUUUUCCAGCUGAUCCUAUUUUCAUAGUCUUUUUUCUCCAGCUGUGCAUAUGUUGGCCAUGUGACUUCUGGGAAGUAGGUUUCAUCUGUAAAGGUCUCAGCUGACAUCCUUUUGAAACUUACUACUCUUCUGUGUUUUGUUUUGUUUUGUUUGCUCCAAGUAUAAUUGACAGGGCUAUCACCCGGAGUGAAAUUUCUUGAAGAAGUUACAAAUAAGCUAGUUACAGCAUCAGAACAGAUAGAAUAAAGAAGGCUGCUACCAUAAGAGUACUCAAAUAAUGCUGGGGUGUUUCUGUUCCUAAAAUGUUUCCCACUGAAAGAAGAAGAGUGAGACGAGGCUCUGUGGGCCAAGUAAUACGCUGGCCUCUUCCUGUUUUUUGUUUCCCACUGUUUGUGAUAUUACUUCCAGAAUUGCACUUUCCCUCACCUGCUUGUCAUGACUGUUGUUUGUCAUGAUAGCAUGUUUAUAUGAACAUGAAGUUCAAGGGCAGAGGAGAGGAAGAAGUAUCACUGCAUUUUGUACAAAGUAAAUGCA